GAAACGAAUCAUGAGGAAAAGAUAUGUCCCUUCAAGCCAUGCUAGGGAUGUAAAAUUUAAACUUCAAAAACUUACCCAAGGCAGCAAGAGUGUUGAGGAGUAUUACAAAGAACUUGAGGUGCUUAUGUUGCAAGCCAAUCUUGAGGAGGAUGAAGAGGUAACCAUGAUUCGAUUUAUUAAUGGUCUAUCUAAUGAUGUUAGAGAUAUUGUAGAACUUCAGGAAUAUGUAGACAUGGAAGAAUUGCUGCACAAGGCCACUAAAGUUGAGCAACAACUCAAAAGGAAAGGGCUUGCAAGGAAGAGUUCUACCAAUUCCAAUUCAUCUUGGAGAGGCAGAAUGAAGAAUGAAGGGCCGAGCACCCUUAGCAAACCAGCCACCAAACCACAAGCUUCAGCUUCUUCAAAACCUCUUGAACAACCAUCCAAAAAGAGCAAAGAGGUCAAGUGCUUCAAAUGCCAAGGUAUGGGACAUUAUGCUUAUGAAUGUGCCUCCAAAAAGACCAUGAUUCUUAAGGAUGAUGGAGACUACACCAGUGAGUCCGAAGGAGAACAAAGUGAAGAAGAAGAGGAGGCAGCCAUGAAUGGUGAACUGUUGAUGAUCCGAAGAAUGCUUGGUAGCCAACAAAAGCCAAAGAAAGAAAGCCAAAGAGAGAAUAUCUUUCACACAAGAUGUUCUGUCAAUGGGCAGAUUUGCUUGAUGAUUGUUGAUGGCGGAAGCUGUACUAAUGUGGCUAGCGAAAGAAUGGUGGAGAAGCUGAACCUGGUCACAAAACCACAUCCUUGGCCAUACAAACUUCAAUGGCUCAGCCACUAUGGAGAAAUACAAGUAAGUAAGCAAGUUGAAGUUGACUUUUCCAUUGGCAAAUACAGGGAUAAGGUUCUUUGUGAUGUUGUUCCCAUGGAGGCUAGUCACAUACUGCUGGGAAGACCGUGGCAAUAUGACACCAACUCUGAUCAUAAUGGAAGCACCAACAAGAUCUCAUUCCAACAUAAUGGCCAGAAAAUUACGCUCAAACCUUUGAGCCCUAGGGAGGUGCGUGAGGAUCAAAAGAAAAUGAGAGAAAAGAUUGAACAAGAGAGAAAAGAAAAGAGUGAGACACUUGAGAGAAAGCAAAAAGAAAAGAGUGAAACACUUGAGAGAGAGCAAAAAGAAAAGAGUGAAAUACUUGAGAGAAAAGAAAUUUGUUUGAUCAAAAAGAGAGAGGUGAAAAGGAUGAUAGCUUCAAAACAGAUCCUAUACUUGAUGUUUUGCAAAAAUCAGAUUUUGAACACUAACACUUUUGAAAAUUUUGAGCUGCCUUCUAGUGUUAAAUCUCUUUUGCAGGAUUAUGAGGAUGUGUUUCCAACAAGUGUUCCAAGUGGUCUACCACCACUGAGAGGAAUUGAGCAUCAAAUUGAUCUCAUUCCGGGAGCUUCUUUGCCUAAUAGGCCAGCAUACAGAAGCAACCCACAAGAAACCACUGAAAUUCAAAGACAAGUGGAAGAACUCUUGAACAAAGGGUGGGUAAGAAAUAGCAUGAGUCCUUGUGCUGUACCGGUGAUUUUGGUACCAAAGAAAGAUGGGACUUGGAGAAUGUGCUCUGAUUGUAGAGCCUUGAAUAACAUCACCAUUAAGUAUAGGCACCCUAUUCCUAGACUUGAUGAUUUGCUUGAUGAAUUGCAUGGAGCAUGUUAUUUUUCUAAAAUUGAUUUGAAAAGUGGUUACAAUCAGAUAAGGAUUAAAGAAGGGGAUGAAUGGAAAACUGCUUUCAAAACUAAAUAUGGUUUGUAUGAAUGGUUGGUUAUGCCUUUUGGUUUAACUAAUGCACCUAGUACUUUUAUGAGACUAAUGAACCAUGUUUUGAGGGAAUUCAUUGGGAAAUUUGUGGUUGUGUACUUUGAUGAUAUUUUGGUCUAUAGCACUACUCUUGAGCUGCAUGUUGAGCACUUA